AUGAACACAUUGCCAUUAAGGCGAGAUGCAUUAGAUAAUAUUAUUGGGACGGGUGGAGAUAUAAAUUGCAUAUGGGAGUUAAGAAUGAGUUUGAAUACAUUUGCAAAUUUAUGUGAAUUACUACAAGUUCAAGGUGGGCUAGACAAAGAUGGUCAUGUUGGCAUAAGUGAACAAGUAGCAACUUUCUUGAUCAUAUUAGCUCAUCAUACCAAAAAUUGUAGCGUACAAGUUAGGUUUUAUAGGUCUAGUAAAACUAUUAGUAGGUAUUUUCAUAAGGUAUUAGGUUCGGUUUUGCGUGUCCAAAGUGUGUUAUUUGCAAAGGCAGACCAUGUACAAGAGGAUUGUAUAGAUUCCAAAUGGAAAUGGUUUAAGGGUUAUCUAGGAGUAUUAGAUGGCACUUACAUAGAUGUCACAGUCCCCAAGGGUGAUAAAUCUAGGUAUCAUGUGAAUGAGUGGACUCAAGGUCACCGUGCAUCACAGAAUCGUCUAGAGUUAUUUAAUAAGAAGCACUCUUCGACUAGGAAUGUGAUUGAGCGGUGCUUUGGGUUGCUUAAGAAGAGAUGGAUGAACAUGGAUGUUGAUCUCCAGGAAGAUGCAACUCUUUUAUUAGAGCAUAUACCCAUAGGAGAUGACACAAUUGUUGAUGAAGCCGACAUAAUUGAUGUUGUGAAAAGUAGCCAUGAGUGGACUCAAUGGCGUGAGAACUUUGCAACUGAAAUGUGA